CACAUAUGCUCAAAUACAGUACGGUUUUUUAAGUUUCGUAUUAUUCAUAUUAAAUACGGAACUUUAAAUCCCGUAUUAAAUAAAGUGGGAUGGGAAACCCAAUAGGUGGGGUACCAAACCUAAUUCCCCUGCUCCUCCCACAUCACCACACCAACCCCUCUUCCCUCCAGAUUCAUUCUCCCCAAUUUCCCAUCUGGGUUUCUUCCCGAAAUUUCCACCUUUUUCCUUCCCAACAGAACACGAAAACAGAGGAAACCCCAUUAGAAUAAGAACAACAGAGAAGAAGGAGAAAGAGGGGUUUUGUUUUUAUUGUUAGUUUUUUCGUUCUGGGUUAAAACCCGGGUUGAAGCAUUGCAGAAAUCACGGCUAUUCAAGGGGUUCGUUGGUCUCUCACUGAGACCAACCCUUCGCCGCACGGCGGGCGUGGUGCCUUACCUUCUGAAGGUGGCAGCCCCUCCGACCUCCUCUUCCUCGCCGGCGGUGGCGGCACUUCCUCCUAAUUCCUCUUCUCAUUCUAAUAGUAUUACGAACAAUACCCUUUUUACUUCCACAAAAUUCACUUUCAGAAAAACUCUUUCUCCUUCUACUUCUUUUCCAUUGUUAUUGUUGGUAGCUUUUGCUGUUGCUGUUGUUGUUGGAUUUGGUGUGAGAAACUAUUGAAAAUAUGUUGAGCAUUAAGAGGGUUCCCACGGUGGUUUCCAAUUAUCAGAAAGAUGAGGCAGGGGAAGCUGAUGCCCCUGUCGGAGGUUGUGGUCGGAAUUGCCUCAAGAGUUGUUGCAUUCAAGGUGCUAGGCUUCCUUUGUAUGCCUUCAAAAGGGAUGACAAUGUUGGAGAGAAGGACAUGCCCCUGAUUGCAUGCAAGGAGCGACCUGUGGCCUUUCUGGACUCACUUGUUCUUGGGGAGUGGGAAGAUCGCAUGCAGAGAGGGCUUUUCCGUUAUGAUGUUACACUCUGUGAAACCAAGGUGAUUCCGGGUGAGUAUGGUUUCAUUGCCCAGCUGAACGAGGGUCGCCACCUGAAGAAGAGACCUACCGAGUUCCGAGUUGACAAGGUCCUCCAGCCCUUUGAUGAAACCAAAUUCAACUUUACUAAAGUUGGGCAAGAAGAGGUCCUGUUUCAAUUUGAGGCUAGCUGUGAUGAGGAAGUCCAAUUCUAUCCAAAUGCCCCAAUUGAUGUUGAGAAUUCUCCUAGUUUUGUUGCCAUCAAUGUCAGUCCUAUUGAAUAUGGGCAUGUGUUGCUGAUUCCUCGUAUUUUCGAGUGUUUGCCUCAAAGGAUUGACCAUGCGAGCUUCUUGCUUGCACUUCACAUGGCAGCUGAAGCAGCAAAUCCAUAUUUUCGAUUGGGUUAUAACAGCUUGGGUGCAUUUGCCACCAUUAACCACCUUCACUUUCAGGCAUAUUAUCUGGCUCUGCCUUUCCCCAUUGAGAAGGCUCCUACUAAGAAAAUUGCCAAAUUGAAUGGAGGUGUGCAAGUGUCUAAAUUGUUGAACUAUCCCGUCAGAGGUCUUGUGUUUGAGGGUGGUCCUAUGCUAAAUGAUUUAGCAGAAACUGUUUCUGAAGCUUGUAUCUGCCUUCAGAUCAACAACAUACCUCACAAUGUGCUUAUUUCUGAUUGUGGAAGGCGAGUCUUUCUCUUACCACAGUGCUAUGCAGAGAAACAAGCUCUUGGAGAAGUGAGUGCUGAGCUUCUUGACACCCAAGUUAACCCUGCUGUGUGGGAAAUUAGUGGGCACAUGGUGCUGAAGAGGAAGAAGGACUAUGACGAGGCAUCUGAAGCCAAUGCAUGGAGGCUUCUAGCUGAGGUCUCCCUCUCUGAAGAGAGGUUUCAAGAAGUCAAUGCUCUUAUUUUUCAAGCCAUUGCAUCUGUUGAGAUCGAUGCUGAUGCCGAUGCUGCUAGAUCUCAAUGUGUAGAUGAAGUUGACGCAGUUAGCUCCUCAAGCACUCAGGCAGCUAUGGUGGCUGUUUCACAAAAAUGCCUUGUUCUUCAGUAACAAACAAGGCUUUGGUGAAUAAAUUUCGUAGUGUGAUUCCUCACUAAAGAACUAUUCUGCUUAAGUGUGUUUCAGUUCUAGUCUUGUGCCUUCUAUGGUGGCAGUUCCUUAAGUUUGAAGUAUUAUGUUUGCUUUAAGGACUUGAAAAAACAUAAGUGGCUUAUGUUUGUUUUCUGCUGUCUGUUUGUGGUGCUUGAUUAUGCUUCAUGGUCUACGUAAAAUACCAUGUAAUAAGUGCUCUUCUGAGCUUAUUGACUGGUUAGGUAUAUGUGGAUGAACAUUGUUGUUCAGGUGAACAUGUAGCAAUUUUUAUGCUAGUGCUUAAUGGUUCUUGA